GCUCACUUGUUUAGAAGAAAUUGUCAAGGAAUUGGAUUGCAUAUUUGACACGAAAAGAACUGUGGGAAAACGCUUACGGCUUCAUAUUUUUUUUAACUGUUGUAACAUGCGAUGUAAGAUUUAGGUUGUUAUUUCACCAAUAAAUGGAGCACUAUUAAUGAGAUCAUCAGAUAUCAACAACAACACACUGUACAUGAGAACGGAGGAUCAGAAACUCUAUAGUUAAGCUGAUAAAUUCAAGUUGAUGUGACUUGGCUUGCAGCACUAAUGGUGGAAUCAGAGGAUUUCCCACAAUGUGGGUUUAACCUGCUUGAAACAAGCGUUUGUGGUGAACUGGUUGUUACCAAGUCAAACUGCAACAAUGACAGUCUUACAUGCCAGUCAUUACUCUUGCCUAUUGCUGACCUCCCAGUGUUGAAAUCUGCAACUCAAGAAGUGGUUGAAACAUGCCUCAAUCUUGAGGAGCUUGCGAUAUUUCACAGGCGCAAUACUCAAACAAUAUGGCCAAAAGAGAAUGAUUUAAGUGCUGUCUAUUCUUUGGAGCAAUGCCCACCAUCCAGUACACUACAGGUGGAAAGAAAUGAAACAACUGGAGAAAUUCUUGGUGUGUUUGAAGAGGAUAUUCACUCUGGUAUUAACCUGACAGCAAAAAACGCUUGCACAAUGGCGCGCGCUCCUGGUGCGCCAGUUGACCGUACUAGAGGGUCAAGCAACAAUUUCCCUUUUUGGCCUGGGGGUAUGGAAGAGCCAAAUGCAGAUGAAUUGAUUUCAGUUACAAAAUCAGAAGGCGAAGAAAUUGAUUUUCAGAGUGAUCUGUUAUCAUGCCCUGCGGGGUUUGAGACAGGCGUCACAUUUGAAGCGAAUCAAAUUGGACAAGAACACAAGUUAAAUAUGUCUGACAUCUUUGAUCAAUAUGCAUUUGAAGAAUUGGGUUCAAUACCUGAGCCAAAGGUUGAAGUUGUUCCUAAAGAACAAAGUGACAAACCAUUAGUUAAUAUGGAAAAUGAAACCGUCGACAAGCUUUUACCAUCUCUUAACCUAAAAUCCACACGUAGUCCUAGUGAAAACAUUGCUAUGCCAGGAGAUAAGCCCUUAAGUGAAGAAAAAUGGGCAUAUAAAGUUGAUAUAGAUACCUCAGUUACCAAUUUUCACCAACAAGUGCCUGUUAUGGCAAGAACAUGGCCAUUUGAAUUAGACACCUUUCAAAAACAAGCGGUUUUAAAGCUGGAAGACCGUAAAAGUGUGUUCGUUGCCGCUCAUACAUCAGCAGGCAAAACAGUAGUAGCCGAAUAUGCCAUUGCUCUGUCUGCAAAGCACAUGACAAGAGUGAUAUACACAAGUCCGAUCAAAGCACUGUCAAAUCAGAAGUUUCGUGAUUUUAAACAAACUUUUAGUGACGUUGGUUUGAUAACAGGCGAUGUGCAAAUUAACCCUGAUGCAUUUUGCUUGAUAAUGACGACAGAAAUUUUAAGGUCUAUGUUGUAUAAUGGCUCUGAUACAAUUAGAGACCUGGAGUGGGUCAUUUUUGAUGAGGUUCACUACAUAAAUGACUCUGAAAGAGGGGUAGUAUGGGAAGAAGUCCUCAUCAUGCUGCCUGUGCAUUGCAAUGUUGUUUUGCUCAGUGCUACUGUACCAAACACCAUGGAGUUUGCUAAUUGGAUUGGGCGCACUAAGCAGAAGAAAAUCUAUGUCAUCAGCACGCAAAAGCGACCGGUGCCUCUUACUCAUUACCUUUACACAGGCAACAGUAACAAAACAAAUGAUCAGAUGUUUUUGAUUGUUGACUCAAACCGAAAAUUUGACACAGCUGGAUAUCAAAAAGCUCUAACUGCGAGGACUGAACGGUCAAAUAAACAGCAAAAAACUGGAGCAAAAGUUCAACGAAUCACGAACCCUGCUUCUGACAAAGGGAUCUGGCUCUCUCUACUUAACAGGCUGUGUAAGUUAAACCAACUCCCAGUUGUGGCUUUUACAUUUUCAAGGAAGAGGUGCGAUGAAAAUGCAGCUUUGCUUUCCUCUCUUGAUCUUACUAGCACUCAAGAAAAAAGUGAGAUUCAUAUUUUUGUGAAUAAGUGUGUGAAAAAGUUAAAAGGGAGUGACCAGAACCUCCCGCAAGUUCAACAAAUGAGUGAACAGCUACAACACGGUAUUGGUGUUCACCACAGUGGGAUUCUACCAAUCUUAAAAGAAGUGGUUGAAAUGCUGUUUGCUCGGGGAUUGGUAAAGCUUCUUUUUGCCACCGAAACAUUCGCAAUGGGUGUUAACAUGCCGGCAAGGACUGUUGUAUUUGACAGCCUUCGAAAACAUGACGGUACGAAAAUGAGAAAUCUUCUGGCUGGAGAGUAUAUACAAAUGGCUGGAAGGGCAGGUAGAAGAGGGCUGGAUGAUGUCGGAAAUGUCAUUAUUCUCUGCAAGGGCCAGGUUCCGGAGAUGGCUGAGCUGCAAAUAAUGAUGCUUGGAAGACCUACCAAGCUGGAAUCUCAGUUCCGCCUCACUUACGGGAUGAUCCUCAACCUCCUCCGUGUAGAACAGCUGAGAGUGGAAGAAGUGAUGAAAAGAAGCUUCUCCGAGUUUGGUUCCAGAAAGAAUUCGAAAGCCCGAGAACAAAGAGUACGAGAACUGAAUGUUCAAAUGAAGAGAGGUGAGGAGAUGAGGGAGUUAAUUGAAACCACUGAUUAUGAAGAUUACCUUAACACCUGCCAAGAACUCCUCAGGUUAAGGAAGUCCGUGUACAAGCAGGUUCUAUCAAGCCCAUCUUCAACUAAACUAAUCCACCCUGGACGAAUUGUGGUGCUGUCAUGCUCACCUUACCAGCAACACCUGGCCGUCACUCUCAAAGUAAACACCUCACGGGUAGAAAAGUAUUUUACUGUGAUGGUGCUGACAGAAAAGGAGCCACCCAAGACUGAUAUAAACUGCUGGGAUCCAAGGUACAUAAUGGGCCAACUGCUCACUGUGCCUGUGUCUACUCCAUGUGAGAAAUUGCUUGAAAUAACCAUUGAUGAUAUACUGGUUAUUACGAAUAAAAAACUUAAAAUUCAAUCUGAUCGUAUUUUUGAAGAUUGCAAAAGAAGGGAAAUACCUCGGUUCAGCUCAGAUUUACCGGACAAAGCAACUGGUAUCGCUCUUCAAGAACUUUUACGCAUUCUUCAGUCUAAAGACUGUGGUCAAGUGGAUCUAAGAGCUGAUCUUGGUGUAAACGAAAUAGAUAUGGUAGAAAACAUUCUUAGCAUGAAUUCCUUAAUAGAUUUAGUAACCUCAGCAUUUCAAUGCGUUUCCUCCCCUUUGUUUAACACCCAAGUACACGAAGUUGCUGCGUUUGUUCAACUUAAGAAAGAACUGAACGAUCUAAAGUAUCUACUCAGCGAAAAAAGUCUGCUUCUCCUGCCAGAAUUCAAGCAAAGAAAGUUAGUUCUAAAACAGUUACGUUACAUCGAUUUUGGUGGAGCUGUUCAGUUAAAAGGCCGAGUCGCUUGCGAAAUUUCGUCUCAUGAAAUAGUUCUCACUGAGAUCAUAUUUGAAAACGUCUUCUCCACCAUGGAACCGGCUGAGAUCGUCGCUCUUCUAUCUUCAGUUGUCUUCCAGCAAAGAGUCGACAUGGGCGAUGUCACUCUUACCCCAAACUUAAAGGAAGGCAUGAACAAAAUUAUUGAAGUUGCAAAAAGUGUAGGCGAGCUGCAGUGGGCCCAAGGCAUCCAGCAGCCUGUAGAAGAUUUUGUUAAAACCUUAAACUUCGGACUUGUAGAAGUUGUGUAUGAAUGGGCACAAGGCACUUCUUUCAAAGACAUCACAAAUUUAACUUUGGUACAGGAAGGUAUGGUGGUACGUACUAUACAAAGACUUUACGAAACUUGUCGGGAUGUUCGUAACGCUGCAAGGGUAAUCGGGGACCCCACAUUAUUUGAGAAAAUGAAAACCUGUUCAGAACUUAUCAAGCGGGACAUUGUAUUUGCAGCGAGCUUGUACACGCAAUAACCUAGUUUCUGCAUUACAGCAUUAAGGCAAUUAUUCUUAUUUUUCUUUGAAAAUUUCUGAAUUUUGGACUAAGAUCAAACUCUGUUUUACUGUGACGUGAUCUCAAUCUGCCAAUAAAUAUUGAUUGACUUGCUUUUUACUUGCUAUAGGCUCAAUAGAAUAAGUUAUAUUUUGACAAUUGUGUUGUAUUUUUCUAUUUAUUCUCACUUCCCAGUUUAGAAUUUAUUGCAUAAUAUAUAACAUAGCUUCAUAAAGCAUAUUCUGAAUUUUUUUCUAAAUUGGUAACAGUCAAAUCUAAAGCAUUCGGCACCAAAUUAAUUUAUAUGUAUCACAAAUUUUUCUAUUUUAAUUUUUUUUUUUUUUUGAUUUGCAAUUUUUCCAAACAUAUUUUCAUUCAAGGUGAUCCACUUUCUACCCCCACUGAUCUUAGGACUAAGUUCCAUCAUAACUUAAUUAUAUUCCUCAAUUCCUGCCAAUGAAGCUAUAUUUUUCAACGGCUGAUCUAAAACAGCACUAUGCAGCUUUUAAAUCCUGUUUGUUUUAGUUUCUGGUGCUACUAGGUAGUAAAAUUUAUUCCUUCCUUGCA